CACAACAAAGUCAUGUGAUUCCAGAGGCGCGCGCAUGCGUGUUUGCCUAAGCGGAGGAAAAGAAAGUGGACCGCUGAAGGGGUUUAGUGAAACAUGAGGCCGAUAUUGUGUGUUUUCUCGGUGACAGCGGCUCUGGUUUCCGUCCACAGUCUGCCCGGCGCUUCCUUCCAGUCGAGACGUGAUGGAGAUCCUCCAUUCACAGAGAAGUUCUUCAGUCAGGUGGUGGAUCACUUCAACUUCAACAGCCUGGGGAACGCCACCUUCAAUCAGCGUUACCUGAUCACAGACAGGUUCUGGAAGAAGAGCUUCGGUCCCAUCUUCUUCUACACCGGCAAUGAAGGAGACAUCUGGGAGUUCGCCCUGAACUCGGGCUUCAUCCUGGAGCUAGCUGCUCAGCAGGAGGCGCUGGUCAUUUUUGCAGAACAUAGGUAUUACGGCCGCUCGCUGCCGUUUGGGAACCAGUCCUUCAGCAUCCCUGAGGUGGGCCUGCUGACGGUGGAGCAGGCCCUCGCCGACUACGCCCUGAUGAUCACUGAGCUGAAGCUGCAGCUGGCCGCCGCCCAGAGCCCCGUCAUCGUGUUUGGGGGCAGUUACGGCGGGAUGCUGUCAGUCUACAUGAGGCUCAAGUAUCCCAACAUCGUGGCUGGAGCUCUGGCAGCCAGCGCCCCCAUACUGUCCACGGCUGGCUUUGGAGACCCCAGACAGUUCUUCAGAGACGUGACGGCGGUUGCCUGUGACACCAUGCUGGGGGGGUCGGACCUGCUGACCAACCUCCGGGACACUGCAGGGAUGGUGUAUAACUCCUCUGGGCUGCUGCCCUGCUUCGACCUGUACCGUCUGUAUGUGGAGUGUGCAGAUCCUACAGGCUGUGGACUGGGCUUCAACAGCCUGGCCUGGGACUAUCAGGCCUGCACGGAGAUUGAGAUGUGCUAUGAGAGCAACAAUGUGACGGACAUGUUCCCCCCCAUGACCUUCACCCAGGAGGCCCGCCAGCUGUACUGCUCCAAGCGCUGGGGCGUGCAGCCCAGGCCCGGCUGGCUCCGGAUCCAGUUCUGGGGAGACGAUCUGUCCACUGCCAGCAACAUCAUCUUCUCUAAUGGAGACCUGGACCCAUGGGCCAACGGGGGGGUGCGGAAUUCCCUGAGCCCGUCCCUGAUCGCCAUCAACAUCUCCGACGGCGCCCAUCACCUGGACCUCAGAGGCUCCAACGCUGCUGAUCCAGAGUCAGUUGUCAAAGCCAGAAAGAUGGAGGCGGAGCUUAUUGCAGCGUGGGUAAAGAUGGAAAGGGUUCGUUUCCGGCAGUCACACUGAAAGAUCGCCGACUGAUUUGAGAUCUACUCUGAAGACGUCAUUCUCACCUGUGGAAACACAGGUGUGGAUCGAGUGACUGCAGGAGGAACCGACCAAUCAACCGAAGAACCGCAGGAAUCAGUGCGUUCAGAACACGUUCCUUCAUAAAGAACUGCGAAUGUUUGAAUCAUAAAACUUUAUUACACGCCAGAAAUCACCCAAACAGACAGACAUCUUCUCAUUUAUUGACUCAGACACAAAUGUAAUCAAUAAAAAUGAUUUCUCAAACUAUAUAAAUGGGUUUUUGUCUCUGAGAUGAGAGCCACUCCCACAUCAACAGUACUUUUCUAUGGAAGAAAGGACAUGAAAGAAGCUCCUCCCUCCUAAAAUAAACAGCUGAGCUCACAUUUCUUACAGUUUGUGGGAUUUGAUGAGUCCAAGCAGACGUCAUCUUUCACUUCAGCAGGACAGAGGUGUGUGUGCUUCACAGCGGCCUGUUAGAAGAAUCCCUUUAAGAAGAUUUCACAUCACAUGGUUUACAUUAGGCUUUUCAAGUGUCAGCGUCACAGGAAUGGCUUCUCUUUGAAGUCAAUGGAGGAAAAUACACUUUUUUUAGCCCAAGAGUUAAAGACAGACGUCAGGAGUCAGAGCCCUUAGAUGCAGCACUGAAGACAUCAGGAACCCGCCACCACCGUGUAACCUCAGCUCACACCCAGCGCUCGCCGUCUGAAGGCACACGAGACGGAAACACGCCGUACAAUCAUUUGUUCCUUCAAUCACGAAGAGGAGAGCUCGCUCUGAUGCUGAGGAUAUAUUAUUGUAUAUAUUAGUCUUUCUCCUUCAAAACAACCCUCCACCGAAAAUACAGAAGUACAAAAACAUUGGUCAUCAGGAACUAGACAGACAGAAGUCUGGAAAACAAA